AUGAACGACAGCGAAAUUAAAAAAGCAGAAAAUGUAAGUGAUAUUCCUCCACAAGAGCAAACUGACCCGACUUUUUUUGCGGAGAUAGUCAAAUCUCAUUUACCAGAAGAAACUAUUAAAGAAAAGAUUGGAUCUUUAAAAGAAGCUAAAGGUCAAAGAGUAGAGCCUGUAAAAACGGCUACCGAUCAAGAAAAAAUAGAUGCCUACGAUAAUUUAAAAAAAAAACCUGGUGAAGUUCAAGAGGAAAUAAAUCAGUUAGAAGAAAAGAAAAAUCAAACUGAAACCGAAUUAAAUAAUGAUUAUGCUUGUCGUCCUACGCUAGAUAAAUAUGCCGAGCAAAACCAACAAUUAGCCGAAGCCCAAUCAAAAAUUACUGAAUGCCAAAAAGAAAUUGAGGAUUUAUGCAGGACCAUUGAUCAAUACUUAGAAAAUGAAAGAACCAAAAGAUAUGUCUUGGUUGAGCCGGUAGUUAAUUUCGAGCAAGCCCAAACAAGAAUAGCCAAAUUAUUAGAGGAGACGGGACAAAAAUGA